AUGAAGGAGACACAAAACAUCAAAGAUUAUGCUGAAAAGUUGCCGAACAUUGUAAAUAAGGUACGGCUACUUGGUAAGGAUUUUCCUGAUGAAAGAAUUGCACUAGAGCAAAGUAGAUUGAUGAGACAAGAAGAAACUGUGCAGGGUGUUUUUCAUGCAAAAGCACAAAACUCAGGAGAAGGCAAAGACAAGAAAUAUAACAAAAAAUACAAGAAACCAGAAAAUUCAACAAGCUGGAAGCCAAGAAAGAGGAGACUUAUCCAUCAUGUCCAUAUUGCAAGAAAAAAAAAUCCUCAAAGAAAGUGCUCGUGGAGACCUGACAUCAAAUGCAGGAAAUGUGAACAAACUGGACACAUGCAGAGGAUCUGCAGGUCACAACAACACGAAGUCAAGGGCAAAGAAACUGUGGCUAUAAAAAGUUUAUCAGGUUUGAAGUAUAUCACUGAUGUUUUAUAUGUACUCGACAUUGACCAAAACCUGCUUAGUGUUGGACAGCUAAUUGAGAAAAGUUUCAAAGUCAUAUUUGAAGAUAAAUGGUGCAUGAUCAAAGAUGCAAAAUGUAGAGAUGUAUUUAAGGUAAAAAUGAGAGCAAAAAGUUUUUCUUUGAAUCUAAUGGCGGAGGAGCAAACAGCAUUUCCAAGCAGGGCAAGCAAUGAAGAAUUAUGGCAUUUCCAUCAUACUGGACUUCUAUAUAUGCAGAAACACAAUCUGGUGAAGGGCUACCAGUGCUGGAAGAUAGAUUAUCUAAUUGUGUGGCUUGUAAAUAUGGCAAACAAAUUAGAAGACCUUUCUCUCAAACUACAUGGAGAGCAACACGCAAGCUUCACCUAG